AUGGCGGGAGUUGGAACUCUGGAACCUUUCGACUUGCUAACCCCUGGGAAAUGGAAGGCGUAUCGAGAUCGUUUCGAGCUGUACCUUUUAGCGAAUGGCAUCGUGGACAAGGACCGGAAGAAGGCGGCGUUUCUUACACUAGCGGGCGCACCCCUUUAUGAGUUACUAGUGUCGUUAGCAUCACCCAGGCAAGUCAGUGAUUUGGAAUUAACAGAAGUCUAUGAUAUAUUAACCAGUCACUUGGCACCACGCCAAUCGGAGAUUGCUGCAUUCUACCAUUUCCACAAGCGUGAUCAGCAACCCGACGAGUCCGUCGGUAACUACAUGGCCACAUUAAGAAGCCUGGCGGUAGGGUGCAAUUUCGGGCAGAUGCUGGAUCGCAUGUUGCGGGACCGAUUUGUGUGUGGCAUGCGCGACGAAGGUCUUCAGCGAAGCCUGCUAGCCGACCCCGAAUUGACGGUGCAGCGGGCCAUGGAACGAGCCGUCACUAGUGAAGCAGCCGCUGCGAGUGCGUUGUCGAUUCGAGGCGACAAUAUCCGACGCCUCGAGUCUUCGAGCACCGAGUCCAUCCACGGAAUAAGUUCGAGUUGUGCGGGUUGUGGGGGUCGGACGUCCGUAAGAAGUGCCCGUUCCGCAACGCCACUUGUCAUUCCUGUGGUCGAACUGGCCACAUACGUCGGGCCAUCGCACGGACGCGUUCAUCAAAUAGUUCCGGUGGUCAGCCCCAAGAAAUCUGUGGCCGUGGUCAUCAACGGUCGAUCAUGCCAGUUCGAAGUGGAUUCCGGGUCGCCCGUCACCAUCAUGAAGGAGUCUUCGUAUCGAUACAUCUGGCCAAAUGGUAAUCCCGAUCUCGUCAAGUGCCACCUAAAGCUAAGCGACUAUCAACGUAACCCCAUUCCGGUCAAGGGAAUCACCGACACGUCAAUCCACUACAACAAUCGCCGUAUCUGCAAUCUGCCAUUGGUCGUCACGUCCGGCACCGGGACAAACCUUCUAGGAUGCAACUGGUUUGAACCCCUCGGAAUCCGCAUAGAAGGCAUUCAUGGCGUGCAGUGCGGCAAUGGUAUCGCGGAAAUUCUAAGAAAAUUCGACCAUUUGUUUUCAUCAGAACUUGGCCGGUAUACGGGGCCGCCAGUGGCCCUCAAAGUGGACCAGGAAGUUCCGCCGGUCAGACUACCACCGCGUCGAAUUCCUUACGCACUCCUCAAGCCAUAUGAAGAAGAAUUGGACCGUCUCUGUGCCCAAGGAAUACUUGAACCUGUAGAGUACUCUGAGUGGGCCACUCCGACUGUCCCCAUAGUCAAGAAAGAUGGUUCCAUUCGAAUUUGUGGAGAUUAUAAGUCUACGCUUAACAGAGCGAUACAACCGCACUGCCAUCAAAUUCCUGCAAUCAACACGCUAUUAGCUUCGAUAGAAGGAGGCUCAAUUUUCGCAAAAAUAGAUUUGGCCCAAGCGUAUCAACAAUUGGUAGUAGACGAGAAAUCAGCUUUGAUGCAAACAAUCGCUACUCACAAAGGAGCAUUUAAGGUUACAAGACUACAAUUCGGAAUUUCAGCUGCCCCAGGAAUAUUCCAAAGCUGCAUUGAAAGAAUACUGCAAAAUAUACCGGGCGUCCUUCCGUAUUUUGACGAUAUUGUAAUUAUGGGUAAAUCAGAAGAAGAACUUGCGAGUAGAUUAGGCGAAGUUCUAGCCCGUAUGGACCAGGCAGGAUUACGUCUGCGCAAGGACAAAUGUCAGUUUGGGGUAUCUUCCAUCGAAUUUCUUGGAUUCAAAGUUGACGCUCUCGGCAUUAGGCCAUCAGCCGACAAAGUUAGAGCCAUCCAUGAGGCGCCACCACCAAAAGAGAGAAAACAGUUGCAAGCGUUUCUGGGACUGACCAAUUUUUAUCACUCAUUUUUGCCCCAGAAAGCCACCAUUGCGGAGCCAUUACAUAGACUUCUAGACAAGAACGUACAAUGGACAUGGCGUCCAGAGCACCAAAAAGCAUUCGCAGAACUAAAGAAUCUGAUCGCAUCGGAUGCGGUCCUAAUUCAUUACUCUCCGGACCGCCCACUGAUCUUAACUUGCGAUGCGUCACCAUACGGGUUAGGAGCAGUGCUUAGCCACGAAAUGGAAGACGGAACACAGAAACCGAUUGCGUUUUACUCUCGCACGCUGUCAAAGGCAGAGAGGAACUACUCCCAGAUCGACAGAGAAGCGGUUGCCUUGGUCGCAGGUGUCAAAAAAUUCCAUAACUAUUUAUAUGGAAGAAAGUUCACGCUUAUUACAGAUCAUCGCCCACUGCUUGGAAUUUUUGCGACAGAAAAGCCAAUCCCUCAAAUCAUUUCCAACCCGAUGAUGCGUCGAGCAAUAUUUUUGAGAGCGUAUAAAUUCAAGUUGAUUCAUCAGCCUGGAACAAAAAUAAGUAAUGCAGAUUUCCUAAGCCGCUGCCCAACGUCGGAUAUACACUAUGAGCCUAGAACGGAAGAAGUUUUCAUGAUCGAAUGGGCAACUGAUCCCACUGUCACCGCGAACACCCUAGCUACCAACACGUCUAAGGAUUGCAGCCUCAGAAAGGUGCUCAACUGGGUGUUAAGGGGAUGGAGUAGUGCUAAAGUUCAGCGUAAUGAUGACCUGUACCCUUUCUUCGUUCGGCGAAACGAACUGACCAGUAAUCAAGGAAUAUUAUUUUGGGGUAAUCGAGCAGUUAUUCCCUUGACGGACAGGCAGGAAAUUCUCUCUGCGCUGCACGCGCACCAUCCCGGAAUCGUUAGAAUGAAGGCUUUAGCCCGCAGUUACGUCUGGUGGCCCGGUUUGGAUGCAGAUAUCGAGAAGGCGGUGAGUCAAUGUUUAGCGUGCCAACAUACGAGAAAUUCCCCCCCACGAUCGGACGUACAUCACUGGGAGUCUGCCAAGAAACCAUGGUCCCGCCUGCACAUUGAUUUUGCCGGACCUUUCCGAGGGAACACGUUUGUGUUAGUCGUCGACUCUUUUACGAAGUGGCUUGAAGUUUGCCUCGUAAAAUCGACAUCCGCGUCAGCUGCCAUCACCUUCCUUCGGCAACUGUUCGCCACCCAUGGCAUUCCGGAUGAAAUCGUGUCCGACAACGGAACUGCUUUCACCUCCGAGGAGUUUAUGUUGUUUACAAAAAACAAUCGGAUCCGUCAUAUCCGAUCCGCGCCGUUCCACCCUGCAACCAACGGACAGGCUGAACGAAUGGUUCAAACCACGAAGAGUUACCUGAAGAAACUAGAUCGUCAAACAGAUGUCAACUUAGCGUUGGCUCGUUUCUUGUUUGACCAGCAUACUACGCCCCAUUCCGUUACGAAGCAUUCGCCAGCGGAGUUACUACUCAAUAGGGAGCUCCAGACAUUCUUUGACAAAUUAAGUCCAGGCGAAAGAUCAUAUGGUAAGAUCUGCGAUGCCCAAACUAAUAAGUCUUUUGUUACAGGCAGCCCUGUUUGGGUCCGAAACUAUGCAAGCGGUCCCAAGUGGCUUGAGGGCCACGUCUCGAAGCGAACGGGACCGAUUUCCUAUUCGGUGUGUCUCGAGGACGACCGAACAGUCAGGCGACAUCUGGAUCAGCUGCGAUUGCGCAGUCCUUCGCAGCAGCCAACACCAGAGCAGACAGCAGCACCAACUUUCUGUUCCACUCCAACCCCAACUGACGCAGUAGCUGGCGGAUCCUCAACUCCAGCUGGGCCACAGCGCUUGCCUGAGCAAGACGGGACUGAAGGACCGCCACGCAGAUCGGCCCGUGACCGUCGUCGGCCCCAGUUCUACGAUCCGUCUGGGUGUUAA